AUGUUUUGGCUGCUGAGUUCUCUCCUCUUUGUAGCCCUUGCCUCAGGCUGUGGCCGUCCUUCCAUCAACCCUGCCUCCCGGGUUGUCAACGGUGAAGAUGCAGUCCCCUACAGUUGGCCCUGGCAGGUGUCCCUACAGUAUGAGAGGAAUGGAGAAUACUAUCACACCUGUGGUGGCAGUCUCAUUGCCCCUGACUGGGUCAUGACUGCUGGUCACUGCAUCUCGAGCUCCCUGACCUACCAGGUGGUACUGGGUGAGUAUAACCAGGCUGAGACUGAGGGCCCUGAGCAGGUGAUCCCCAUCAACCCUGAGGACCUCUUCGUGCACCCACUCUGGAACCCCAACUGCGUGGCCUGUGGCAAUGACAUCGCCCUCAUCAAGCUGUCACACAGUGCACAACUGGGAGACACAGUGCAGCUGGCCUGCCUCCCUCCUGCUGGCGAUAUCCUACCCAAUGAGGCACCCUGCUACAUCAGCGGCUGGGGUCGCCUGUACACUGGAGGGCCACUCCCAGACAAGCUGCAGCAGGCCCUGCUGCCCGUAGUGGACCAUGAGCACUGCUCUAAGUGGGACUGGUGGGGCAGCUCCGUGAAGACCACCAUGGUUUGUGCUGGCGGGGACAUUCGCUCCGGGUGCAAUGGUGACUCUGGAGGACCCCUCAACUGCCCCACAGCUGAUGGUACCUGGCAGGUACAUGGUGUAACCAGCUUUGUUUCUGCAUUUGGCUGUAACACCCGCAAGAAGCCCACGGUAUUCACACGUGUUUCUGCCUUCAAUGACUGGAUUGAGGAGACCAUGGCAAGUCACUAAGACCAAGGCCCGGAUGGCAGUGCCCAACAACACUCAUUGCCAAAAAUAAAUAUCUCUCAGAAAAAUCCCAACCUGUGCCUUUAUUUCUUCUUCUUCCUUGACUCACUUCUUCCUCUCCAGUCCAUUCCUAAAAUCUUAGCUUCAGAACAUAGGAAAGAGACCAGAUC